ACUUUCCUGAAAGUGUGUCUGAAACAUCACAAUCUAGUAAAACGCUUGGCAAACGGAAAGCAGGUGAAACACGUCUUCGAAGAAAUAAGGAUGGGCGACCAAAAGAUUCUGUUUGGGAAGAUUUUGAUACUGGUGAAUCUGAUGUCCCAUUUAGCUCUACAUUGCAAGGUGAUAUUCCUGAUAAUUUAAGACGUCAUUAUUUAAUUAAAGUAGCAAAGCGAAAUGACAAAAUAAAUGAUGAUAGUGAUAAUAAAAGUACAUUAUCAUCAUCAACAAAGCCACAUUCAUAUUGUAAACCUAUAUUAAAUGAAAAAGUUAAUGAAAUUAAUAAAGCUUUACUUAAAGCUUUUGUUUGCGCAGGAAUUGCAUUCUCUGUAAUUGAUAAUCCAUUUGUUCGUGAUCUUUUUUAUCUACUUGAGCCGGGGUGGGUUCCUCCUGGAAGGCAAGCAAAUCAAAUCAUUCAGUUCUUUAAAAAGUCACAUAGAGCAAAUCGGCUUCUUCGUGAUAGUAUUGAAAGUAUGAAAUUAGGCAGUGGUGGCUUAGAAAUAUAUGCUAAAACAAGAUGGGCUUCUAUUUAUGGAACUAUGUCUUCUAUUGUAAGACUAAAACCUGUUUUUGAAAAGAUUUUAGAUGAAAAUCGUGAUAUAAUUAGUCAACAAGCCAUUAUUUCACUAUUAAAUGAUGAUGAUGAUAUAUUUUAUGCAAAUUGUCAUCGAAUUGCAUCUAUAAUCCAGCCUAUCAAAGAAGCAAUACAUAAUCUGGAAGCACGUACUGCAAAUCUUGCUGAUUGCUUUGUUAGUCUUGGCCUACAUAAAGGAAUGUUCCGACGAAUUUGUGAGAUAGCUGCCAAAUUCUAUAAAAGUAUGCAUAAUGAUGAUGUUGCAUGUGGAAUACUUACUACACAAUUAAUUAAUUAUAAAAGUGGUGAUUACCCAUUUGACUUUGGCUACGAUUCAUCUAAAACUCUUAGUUUAUGUUGGGGUGUAAUAGAAGAUGAUUACCCCUAUCUCCAGAAUCUUGCAAAAGUUAUUUUUGCAGUUGUACCAUCACAGUCAAGUUGUGAAUGUAAUUUCUCUAUUUUAAGAUGGUUAUACGGCACCUAUAGAAGAUGUUUGUCUUCAGAAAAAAUUGAAAGUAUGGCUCAAAUUCAUUCAUUUUAUAUUUCUAACCUUAAAAAUGAGCUUCAUUAUUAUGGGAAAGAGUUGUCUGAAGGUGAACUACGUGAUAGUGUAUUAGAUUUAACUACUUAUGCUGAUAUGGAAAAUAAUAGUAUAGAACUGGAACAAGAUGAAGAUGUUUUGAAAUCUGCUCAAUCAAAUAAUGACAAACUUGAAAUCAGCCUAAUAGUUGAUUUUUUAUAUGCAAAUUUUGGUGGGCAAGAUAAUGCCGAAGAAUUAUCUUAUACAACACAAAGAAGUGAUAAUAUGGAAUUCGAUCCUGUAGCAAUUGUAGAAAGAGAAUUUCAAUUUUUUAAUGCCGAUUUAUUAUAA